GCGUUCCAUUCGACCAGCGGUGGGCGGCUGCCACAGCUGGUUUAGGGCCCCGAUCCUAGGGGCCCCUUGUGAGGCAGAGGCAGCCUUCGGGCUGGGGAGCAGUCGCUGCCACAAGGCCCCCCGAGAGGGCACACUUGCUGCCGUCAGAUCCCCGCCGAGGUCAGGGUCCCGGGUUCAGGGAUAGAAAUUGGACCUUUGAUGAUGUUUGACCCAGUGGCAGCCGCAGCAGGCAAUGUGAUUUCAAAGCUGAGUUCAGCUUCUGUUUCUUCUUUCUUGUAAUCACAAAGCCCGUUUUGGACCAAAAAUUUCCAAUCAUGUCUGUGAUGGUGGUGAGAAAGAAGGUGACGCGGAAAUGGGAGAAACUUCCAGGCAGAAACACCUUUUGCUGCGAUGGCCGUGUCAUGAUGGCCCGGCAGAAGGGCAUCUUCUAUUUGACCCUCUUCCUCAUCCUAGGAACGUGCACACUCUUCUUCGCCUUCGAAUGCCGCUACCUGGCCGUCCAGCUGUCUCCUGCCAUCCCUGUGUUCGCGGCCAUGCUAUUCCUUUUCUCUAUGGCGACACUGCUGAGGACCAGCUUCAGUGACCCAGGGGUGAUACCUCGGGCUCUACCAGAUGAAGCAGCAUUCAUAGAAAUGGAGAUAGAAGCUACCAAUGGUGCAGUGCCCCAGGGUCAGCGGCCACCCCCUCGUAUCAAGAAUUUCCAGAUCAACAACCAGAUUGUGAAGCUGAAAUAUUGUUAUACGUGCAAGAUCUUCCGGCCUCCCCGAGCCUCCCAUUGCAGCAUCUGUGACAACUGUGUGGAACGCUUUGACCAUCACUGUCCCUGGGUGGGCAAUUGUGUUGGAAAGAGGAACUACCGCUAUUUCUACCUCUUCAUCCUUUCUCUCUCCCUCCUUACCAUCUAUGUCUUCGCCUUCAACAUUGUCUAUGUGGCCCUCAAAUCCUUGAAAAUUGGCUUCCUGGAGACGUUGAAAGAAACUCCUGGAACUGUUCUAGAAGUACUCAUUUGCUUCUUCACACUCUGGUCUGUAGUGGGACUGACUGGAUUUCACACUUUCCUUGUGGCUCUCAACCAGACAACCAAUGAAGAUAUCAAGGGCUCCUGGACAGGGAAGAAUCGUGUUCAGAAUCCCUACAGCCAUGGCAAUAUUGUGAAGAACUGCUGUGAAGUUCUCUGUGGUCCAUUGCCGCCCAGUGUGCUGGAUCGAAGAGGUAUUUUGCCAUUGGAGGAAAGUGGAAGUCGGCCUCCUAGUACUCAGGAGACCAGUAGCAGCCUCUUGCCACAGAGCCCAGCCCCGACAGAGCAUCUGAGCUCCAAUGAGAUGCCAGAGGACACCAGCACUCCGGAAGAGAUGCCACCUCCGGAGCCUCCAGAGCCACCUCAGGAGGCGACUGAAGCUGAGAAGUAGCCUAGGGAAGAGACUUUUGUGUUUGAUUAGGGCUGUGAAAGAUGUAAGGGGAGAAGAUCAACCUGAGACAGAGAGCAAGUAAGCUGUCCCUUUUACUGGUGUUCUUUGGUUUUUAUUACCUAAUUGUGUACUGGCAUUUUCUUGCUGCAAAGCUUUUGUUUUUAAUUGCUGGGCUCAAGGCAGUCAUUGAAGAUGUCAGUAUCCUAUGGUAACUGGACAAAUGGGUCUCUUAGGCCCUGGCACUGAUUUUACAUAGCCUCAGCCAUGGAGUCCCCUUGAAUCCCCCUCUCGUCCUUCCAGAUCCCAGCUCUCUUGCUUAGGAUCCUUCAUUCAAUUCUGGGAUUUAGGGUUCUUGAAACUGGCUCAAUUCCUCUUCCAACUGCUGCAUGUCAUGAGUCUAGAGGCAGUCAUAGAGAACUCUGGCCAAGAAUCCUCACGGAAUUCUUGGGGCGUUCAGAAUUGAAGAGGAUGGAGAGCGGGGUUAGAGGAUUCUCCUGGCUACAAAGUGCCAACAUUGCCAACAUAUCCUUUCAAGUACGGGGCAGGUAACUUCUACUUGUUGUAUUUAUUCAUGUAGCUUCUCCUUUGUCCCGUUCUGCUCUCUAAUACCCAAGGCCCACAUUUUUCCAGUUAGAUAUAUGUAAGUAGUAGCUGUAGUAGAGGUAACAAUUUACAUUUCUCUUAGACUACCUGGAAACUUUUUAAUACCUGUGCCAUUCUCAGUAUGAAUUUAUGAGAUGCCAACGGCAUAGACACGCUCUGUCUCGUCUCUUUUCUCAUUAGCCCUUUUAAUUUUGUUUCCUUUUGACUCUUGCUCCCAUCAGGAGCAGAAAUGGCAGUAAUAAAAGUCUGCACUUCCGGUGGUUCCUUUUCCUCAGAGGAAGCCCGAGUGCUCACUUAAACACUAUUCCCUCAGAAUCCCUGUGUGAGGCCUACAGAGGCCCUGAAUGCACAAAUGGGGAAACCAAGGCACAGAGAGGCUCUCCUCUCCUCUCCUCUCCCCCUGUGUCCCCUCAAAAAAAAUUUCUAACCAGUACUUCCAUUAGGCCUCGGCUAAGUGAGGAGGGAAAGCCCAGCACUGCUGCCCUCCCGGGUAACCCACUCUAAGGCCUUGGCCCAUCUCGGGCUUGGUAACCACAUCAGGGCUUCUGCCAAGCCCUGCUCUUCCAGCACUUCCACCAGCAGAGUCCUAGAGCCGCUUCAUCCUGGGGGUGGGCUGUGGCCCUCAGUCAACUCUGCUCAGGACCUGCUCUAUUUCAGGGAAGAAGAUUUAUGUAUUAUAUGUGGCUAUAUUUCCUAGAGCACCUGUGUUUUUCUCUUUCUAAGCCAGGGUCCUGUCUGAAUGACUUAUGGGGAGGGGGGAAAUGUAAACCAGAACUUUUAAUCUAUUUGAAGGUGAUUAAACUGUGUCUAAUGCAAA